AUGCGAAUCUACAACCCUGGGAAUCCAGAAACUGAUACAAAAGUUUCAGGGAGCAGCAGAUUUGAAUUCUGUUUGAAUGAUGGUGUUGCGGAGAAUCUGAGGUGUCCUUUGAGCAUAGAUAGGAGCAAUCACACCAUGACUGAGUUCAUCCUGGUGGGCUUCACAACAGACCCUCUGAUACAGUUGAUCCUAUUUGUGGUGUUCCUUGGUGUGUACUCUGUGACUGUGAUGGGAAACAUCACACCCAUAGUGUUGAUCUGUAAAGACUCCCAGCUCCACACACCCAUGUAUUUCUUCAUUGGGAACUUGGCAUUCCUGGAUCUCUGGUAUUCCUUUGUCUACACCCCAAAGAUCCUAGUGACCUGCAUCUCUGAGAACAAAAGCAUCUCACUUGCUGGCUGUGUAGCCCAGUUCUUCUUUUCUGCUGGGCUAGGAUAUAGUGAAAGUUACUUGUUGGCCACCAUGGCUUAUGACCGCUAUGUGGCCAUCUCCAACCCACACCUUUAUGCUCAGGUCAUGUCGAAUAGACUGUGCACUUACUUGGUUAUAUGUUCCUAUACUGGAGGUUUUGUCAGUGCAACAAUACUCACUAGUAACACAUUCACAUUGGAUUUUUGUGGUGACAAUGUCAUUGAUGACAUUUUCUGUGAUGUCCCACCUCUGGUGAAGUUGGCAUGCGAUGUGAAAGAGAGCUAUCAGGAUGUGCUGUACUUCCUCCUGACAUCCAAUGUCAUCACCCCUAUUGUGCUCAUACUGACCUCCUAUCUUUUCAUCAUUGCCGCCAUCUUGAAGAUCCGUUCUACUCAGGGCCGCCUCAAAGCCUUCUCUACCUGCUCCUCCCACUUGAUCUCUGUCACCUUAUACUAUGGCUCCAUUCUUUACAUCUACUCUGGCCCAAGCUCCAGCUAUUCCCUUGACAGGGACAAAAUGGUUUCUACAUUUUAUACUGUGGUCCUCCCCAUGUUGAAUCCCAUGAUCUACAGUCUGAGGAAUAAAGAUGUGAAAGGUGCUCUGAAAAAACUCUUCAAGUUAACUCCACCAGAAGUCUAA